AUGGCUAUCCUUCCCAAUUUCGAGCCGUAUGUGCUCACUCCACUGGAUCAUAUUGCCUUUCCUAUUCAUAUGUCAUGUUUCUUCACCUUUCACGUCGAUGAGCUUUCGACCGCAAUUCCAGUUCUGCAAGCGGGCGUGAACCGACUUGUAGAGCUUUUGCCAUUCCUUGCCGGAAAUGUGACUCUCUCCACUCGGCUACAAGGGAAAAAGAAUGUGUACGAGAUGCAACCUUCAUCCGCCGAAUUCCUACAGAAGCAUCCGAUGCUAAAGAUUAAACACCAUGGGGAAGCUGUUUCCCCCAAAACGCCUGGUGUGUCCUUCUCAUAUGACACUCUGUUCAACGAGAAUUGGAUUCCAAUGUCGUUGGAUAUGGUAUCAGAGGAACUGGCUCCCAUGCUCAGGCUACAAGCCAAUAUCAUGCAAGAUGGUAUUAUCCUCUGCUACAACUUCCACCAUCGGGCUAUGGACGGCAUAGCGGUGGAGAAUGUGAUGAAGGACCUUGCGAAAUGCUGCAAAGGUCCUAGUCUAAGCGCUGAGUCACUGCGAACUAACCCUUACAAAGAGGCACAAAGUAGAGGUGUGAUUCGUGACGCGGGUAAUGGACAUGGUACUCCGAGCGAACUGCAUUGCCUACCUGCCCCGAUAGCGAGCUUAUCAAGCCCACUUGUUAGCAGAAUGCUGAAAUUCGAUGUUGCGAAGAUUCAGCAUUUGAGGGAAGAGUGCAACUCUUUGCUACGUCAACGAUUGAAUUCGCAAGGUGUCGACUUGUCCAGAAAUGAAACCGUCUCUGCUUUGAUAUGGCUUAGCCUUGUUCGAUCAAGAUAUGGAGUUCCUUCUUCCGAAGGUGCUGGAUUGAACCCAAAGACGAAGCCAGAAAUAUCCACUGCCCUUAUAAUAUCGCAAAUACGCAAUGUCUUACAACCAAAUCUACCCGAUUCUUACAUUGGGAACGCAAUGGUUUUCAGUGAAGCCCGCGCCAACAUUGAAAGUAUGCUUUCUUCUUUCGACCUAUCGGCUGCUCAGAUUUCUCCUUCAAGCCCGCUUGAUCCUGAUAAGAUCAAACUCUUGGCUGAGUUAGCUCUUUCUAUCCACAACGACUUUCAAAAGACCACAGACGAAUUUGCUCGAAGUACUAUAUCAAGCACGUCAAACAACAGUGACUGGUCGGCGCUGUAUCACAUUGGGGAUAUGUUUAUUAGCAACAUUAGAUCCCUUAAGAUGUACGAGCUUGAUUUUGGAUCUAUUUUGGGCAAAGUGCAGAACUUCGAUGUGCCGGAUAUUCGUAUCCCGGGUUUGGCUUGGUUGAUGCCAGCGCGAUUCCGUGAUAAAUUUGCGCCUUGGGAAGUGAGGAUUUCUUUGGAGGCGGAUGUGAUGGAGCGAUUCCAGGAGGAUAGUUUGAUUAAAUGGGUCAAGUCCAACCAAGGGUACAAGCUUUAG